AUUUGCACUCGUAAUUUAUAAAAGAGAAUAAAUCAUUUGCUUGACCCUACGCACACCCUUUUAAAUUUUAAUUCCAACCCUUUUAAUUCGUCGUCGUCGGCGUCCUCGUCUUCAUCCUCCUCCUCCUCCUCCUCCUCGAGCUCGAUUAGCUCCAUUAAUGGGGGAGGUGGUGGGGGAGCCCGAUCGCCAGUCGUCGUCGUCCUCCUCCUCGGAUGCGGGGGGCGCGGCUCCCCCACGGCGGCGGCCCCUGGGGGUGCUCCCGCUCAUCGCCCUGAUCUUCUACGACGUGUCCGGGGGCCCCUUCGGGGUGGAGGACUCGGUGCGCGGGGGCGGGGGCCCGCUCCUCUCCCUGCUGGGGUUCGUGCUCUUCCCGGCGAUCUGGUCCCUCCCGGAGGCGCUGAUCACGGCGGAGCUGGCCUCGUCCUUCCCGGAGAACGGCGGGUACGUGCUGUGGAUCUCGUCGGCGUUCGGGCCGUUCUGGGGGUUCCAGGAGGGGGUGUGGAAGUGGGUGUCGGGCACCAUGGACAACGCCCUCUACCCGGUCCUCUUCCUCGACUACCUCCGCGGCUCGCUCCCGCUCUUCGCCCUCCCCGCCGCGCGCGCCCCGGCCCUCGUCGCCCUCACCGCCGCGCUCACCUUCCUCAACUACCGCGGCCUCCACCUCGUCGGCCUCUCCGCCCUCGCCCUCACCGCCUUCUCCCUCUCCCCCUUCGUCGUCCUCGCCCUCCUCGCCGCCCCGCGCCUCCGCCCCGCGCGCUGGCUCGCCUUCGACCCCAAAGCCCUAGACCUCCGCACCUACUUCAACAGCAUGUUCUGGAACCUCAACUACUGGGACAAGGCCAGCACCCUCGCCGGCGAGGUCGACAACCCUAGCCGCUCCUUCCCCAGGGCCGUGUUCGGGGCCGUGGGGCUCGUCGUCGCCUCCUACCUCGUCCCGCUCAUGGCCGGCACCGGCGCCAUGGCCGGCUCCUCGCCGGAGAAUUGGACCGACGGCUACUUCGCCGAGGUCGGCAUGGCCAUCGGCGGGCCCUGGCUCCGCUGCUGGAUCCAGCUCGCCGCCGCCAUGUCCAACAUGGGCCUCUUCGAGGCCGAGAUGAGCAGCGACUCCUUCCAGUUGCUCGGCAUGAGCGAGAUGGGGAUGCUCCCCGCCGUCUUCGCCCGCAGAUCGAAAUAUGGAACCCCAACUUUUAGCAUCCUGUGCUCGGCGACAGGGGUUAUCCUCUUAUCCUGCAUGAGCUUUCAAGAGAUAAUCGAAUUCCUCAACUUCCUGUACGCUCUAGGAAUGCUUCUCGAGUUUGCCGCUUUCGUAAAACUCAGAAUAAAGAAGCCAGAUCUUCAUAGGCCGUACAAAAUCCCCGUCGGAACAGUCGGUGCAGUACUUAUCUGCAUACCCCCGACUUUCUUAAUCCUUAUCGUCAUGAGCUUGGCCUCAAUCCGAACAUUCAUUGUUAGCGGGAGUGUUAUGGUGUUCGGAGCUCUCCUCUAUUUUGGCAUAGAAUACAUUAAGGAUAAAACGUGGGUCAGUUUUAUUCCCAAUCCCGUGCCGUCUGAGAAUUGUUUCGGAUCUCUGCCGGUGCAGAUUCAGGAAACGCAUGACGAUGCUUCUGCAAGUCUUUUGCGGGAACCGUAAGACCCGGAAAUUACUCUCGAAGGUGUAUUCAAAGUGGAAUAGGAAAUUGUUGUACCAUUUAAGCUUGAUGCAAUGUGCAGCAACUGUUUAUAGAUGUAUCCUUUUCGUUGUAAAGAACAGAAUGUUGUAGAUUCGGAUACCAGCUGAUAGUUGUAAAAUCAAUUAUUUGUUAUUGAUCAGAAUGUUGCAUAAAUUGGGUGACACAUUAAUGAAAUAUAUGUUUUUAUGCAUCUGUUU